AUGACAGACCUCAUCAACCUAUCAGCAAGAUACGUCAUCAAAACAGAUCAGUUGGGACUCGAAAGCGCGCUCGCAUCCACACCAGAUAACGACACCCUCGUUCUAGAGUCCGUCUCAAGCGACGCUAAUCCAAGCCAGCUCUGGUACUUCGAAGAGACCGAGCUCGACGACUAUUACCGCCUACACACCGAAGAUAAAGGGAACGGCAACUCUCUGAGCACGUACAACUAUGAAGGAAGCCAGACGACAGAUUUGCGUUUCCGAGCUAGCGAAAUCAUAGACGCACAGUACUGGCGACUAGACGUACAAAGUGAUGGAAACGUCAAAGUCAGCAACAACCGCGCCGGCUCUAGUAGUUAUCUCGAUAUCGAAGAUGGGAGCCUGAAGCCUUUUCUCGCGCAAGGAGAUUCGGGCAAAGGAGAAUGGACACUUAGCACUUUUGGUGCUGCUGCGGCUACACCCACCUCUACCGUCUCCACCUCCUCUGAUGUUACGACCACACCGGAUGCAACGCCGUCUUGUACCUCAGAAUGUACAGCAGCUACGGAUGUUACUACCGCCGAUGAUGCAAAGUCUUCGGGGUUGAGUAAGGAAGCAACAAUAGGCAUCGCGGCCGGUUUGAGUGCAGCAGGGCUUUUGGCAAUCAUAGGAAUUGCGGUUUGGCUGUGGAGACGACGAAGGCGAGUGCCAUCUCGUGCACCGAGUGUUCAUUCUAUGAGACAGGGCCACCUACUUGGUUGA